AAGACCGUUGUAUUCACACCGAUCGAAAGAAUUCAUCAGCAGGAGGUGACGUCAGAGCCCCACAGCCUACAGUCGUUGUUUUGAACAUGGAUGUUAGGUUGACAACAGAACGCCGUUUCAGACCUCCAUCAAAGUUUCUUGGAUAAAGCAUUAUCAACUUAUCUUAAUCAUAAAAAGGGGCAUCGUUUAUUGUUAUCAGUUUGAUGCAUGUCCAUUUUCGAAGGAAACGAACAUUGGCAACAGAGAAAGCGCUCAGCACCUUUUGUCAGGGAUUGUUUUUAUUCUCUCCGACAUGGACAUGCACGGGUACGACGGUAUAUUUUUGGUGAAAAGACUGUUUAACAGUGGCGUGUUUGAAAUGUCGAACAUGUCUGACAUUACAAAGGCAAAUCCCCACGGAUGCGACAACGGAGCUCUAACCAACAGAUUCGGCGUAUUGAUCCAGGGACUGCUCGCUGUAGUGGCUUUCAGCACUUUAAUGCUGAAGAGGUUCCGGGAGCCUGUAGGGAUCAGAAGGCCUUGGAGGAUCUGGUUCUUCGACACGUCCAAGCAGGCUAUCGGCGCUCUGUUCAUCCACUUCGCCAACGUUUUCCUCUCCACCCUCACUGAGGAGGACUCCUGCUCCUUGUAUCUGAUGAACUUCCUCCUGGAUGCUACCCUGGGGAUGCUGGUGAUCUGGGCGGGGGUGAAGGUGGUGUCGAAGGUGGUGGAGCACAAGCAGUACACGCUGCUCAUCUUUGGAGAAUACGGGGACCCACCCCAGGCGGCAGCAUGGCUCGGCCAGUGUUGUGUUUACCUGCUCAUCAUGGUGCUGGAGAAGAGCAUGGUCAGUGUGGUGCUCCUCAUCCCUGGUUGGACAAAGCUGCAGGAGGUGCUGCUGGACUACAUCCCCAGCCCCCAGCUGGAGCUGCUGCUGGUCAUGCUCGUCGUGCCCUUCAUUGUCAACUCCAUCAUGUUCUGGGUGGUGGACAGUCUGAUGAUGAGGAAGUACAAGAGCCUGAAGAGCCUGGACGACAACUGUGGAUCCCCGGAGAAGGCUGAAGGAUCGCCGUGGGUUACAGACGAGGAGUCAAGGGUCCUGCUGACGGUAGACACAGACGACCCAUCUGAGGAAGAGGAGGCAGGUCUCAGACAAGACUCCGACUUAACCCCCCAGGGAGGGUCUAUGGUACCAGGCUGGGUGGAGGUGUAGCCCUGGAACCCCCCCCCCCCCCCCCCCCCACACACACACACACAGAACCAAGCACAGACAGUCCCCGUCCAAGACAUCUGUCCACUUACAGUAGACCAGGGGGACAUCUGUCCGCUUACAGUAGACCAGGGGGACUUCUGUCCACUUACAGUAGACCAGGGGGACAUCUGUCCACUUACAGUAGACCAGGGGGACAUCUGUCAACUUACAGUAGACCAGGAGGACAUCUGUCCACUUACAGUAGACCAGGGGAUUUUGGAGGCAAAGAUGAGCUGAAGAGCUCCUUCAAAACAUAUCCUCUUCCAAAGACCACAAGAUCGUUAGAUGAAUACUGUGGUAUUUUUUUUUUCUUUUUAUGAUGAUGAAUCUGUCUUCAAACCCAACCUUCCUUCCUUUUAAAUGGUCUGUAAUUUCUCUCACAUGGGUGUCCUGGGGCCCAGUACACUGUGUCAACAUCUAGCUUCUCUCACCAGAGAGAACACUCGUAGGAUAGGUGUCAGCCAUCGCUUUCUCUUAUGUUCCUUCAGGUCAGUGAACUUAGAGAGAAGAUAUUUCUAACAAACACGCUUGUAAACGUGGUCCUCAAUGGGCUAUUUCUGCAGGUGGGGAAAUAUAAGGGACCACCUGACUAUAUUCCUGAAUCUAGGAUGGUUUGGGGUUUAUUCAACUAUUUGAUCGAAGAGAUAUGUGUUUCUGCAAUGCACAAUGGAGUGUGGACCAAAAUAUUUAUUAAAACUUGAGUGAUCUGAUGUAUUUAUUUGUUUUGUGUGUAUUUUACACACUUCAAUGUAUAGACUUAAUCAUUCCAUAAAGUGUGAUCAGUUGUGAAAUAUGUAAGGUAAUGAUCUCAUGGUUUUUUGCCAACACAGUAUUCACUCAGUGAGAGACAGACUGUUCAGGAUUAAUCUGAAAAACCCAAAGUAUUUAUUUUUGCAAAUAUAAAACAGUUUGUGCUUCAAUCUAAGUACCACUAUCUUUGUUAUGUGUUUGUUACAUUUUGGUCCAUUUAUUUCUGUUAGGUUUUCUGUUUGGAUUUAGAACCAUUCAUGUGAGGACCAGUACCACUACACAAUGUUUACACUUGGUGACUUCUAGCUAAUCUGUUUCAAUCUUUUUGUAUUUU